CUCAGCCACAGCCGAAACGGAAGGGGCGGAGACUCCGACACGUCAGAAGCGAGCGCCGGAAGUUGCCCGCGGCUCAGAGGCGAGUCGAAAUCUGUUUGGAGAGGCCUAAAGAUUUCUCCGUGUUACACCCAGCCAUGAAACAAAGUACUGACUAGGAAUUGAGACCUUUUUAGCUUUCCCUCGGAAAAAUGAUUCCUGGUUGGAUUUGUGAGGGCCCCGCUUUGAGAUAUUAAAUAUUUGAGUCUCCGAUUUCAGGGACAACAAUGGACACCCAGAAGGACGUUCAACCCCCAAAGCAGCAGCCAAUGAUAUAUAUCUGUGGAGAAUGUCACACAGAAAAUGAAAUAAAAUCAAGGGAUCCCAUCCGAUGCAGAGAAUGUGGAUACAGAAUAAUGUACAAGAAAAGGACUAAAAGAUUGGUGGUUUUUGAUGCUCGGUGAAACAUGAAAUUCAGAGGAAUAUCUUCAUUUUUAUUUGGAUUUGUUGUUAAUGUUGUAUAGAUUUUGAUUAGUGUACUUUAUGAAUACAAUUAUGUACACAUUUCAUUUUAAAAAACCAUAUUGUAUUUAGAUAUCUAUUAAUAGCUUAUAUAAAGAUAAUAUUUUUCAGUUA